AUGUAUUCAAAAAUUCAAGAAUUUUUUAUUCAAACAAAAAAUUUGAAAUUUUAUUAUCCAUUUCGAGAAGAAAAAGAGAAAAGUUACAAAAAUAGUUUUAAAUAUUUGUUGGCAGUUGGAACGGAAAUGGCUGAUUUAUUGGAUAAAAACCAUUUGACAACAAAUGAUUUGCGGGAAUCUUUACUUAAAUUUCUUCAGAUCUCACUUUGGGGCAAUAAAUGUGAUCUUUCUCUUUCUGGCGGUGAUCCUCAUUUAAUGUCAGAAAAGAUUUUUCACGAUUUGGAUGAUUUAAAACCAAAUAUUUUGGUUGAUGAUUUAGAAUUGGCUGUAACUGAAUUUCUCUCUCAACACAAACAAAUAGAUGUUGUUUUGGACAAUGCUGGUCCUGAAUUGUUUACGGAUUUAUGUCUUGCUGAUUUUCUUAUUUCAAAUAAUUUGGCAAAUAAAAUAAUUUUACACGGAAAGAUUAUUCCUUGGUUUGUUUCUGACACAACCAAACAUGAUUUAGAAUGGUUGCUCGAACAAUUAUCUGCUGAAAGUGAACCUGUAUUGGCUAGAUUUGGAAAACAUUGGAAGAAUUAUUUGACUAAAGGAAUUAUUGAAUAUAAAACGCAUCCAUUUUGGACUUACGGCCACGCCUAUUGCAGAAUGAAAGAAAUUGCACCAAAUCUUUAUGAAGAAUUGAGCUUGUCUUCUAUGUUAAUUUUUAAGGGGGAUUUGAAUUACAGAAAAUUGGUUGGAGACAGAGAAUGGCAGUUAGAGACGCCUUUUAAGACAGCCCUCUGCGGUUUUGAACCAGCACCUUUGCUAGCACUUAGAACAUUGAAAGCUGAAACUGUAGCGGGUCUAACGUCAAAGGCCGUCCAAUUGAUUGAGAGCAAAUUUGAGAGGAGUAACCUCACCUGGAUGACUUCAAGUGAAUAUGCUGUUGUUCAACUUUUUGUUCCGGCCAAAAAAUAGAAAAUAUUUUUAUUAGGGGAAAAAAUAUAAAAUAUUAUUGUUGGGAUGUGAUAAUUAAUAAGAAAUAUCUCAAAACAUGCUCGAAACCUAUCAUUGUUUUCGGGGGUUUAACCAAAUAAUUUAGAAAUAAAAAAAUUAUUUUUAGCCUUCCAUUCCAACCAAAAAAUCCGCAACAUUUUCG